UGUUCUUUAAAUGAGUUAAAUGGUUGUUUUAUUUAAUGUGAUGGCUAGCAGAAAUGGAAGUAGGUAACAGAAAAUUCAGAUAGGUUUCAACUGCAGUCUUCCUUCUUGAUUAAAUUUUUUGCUAAUCUCUCAACAAACGUAGAUCUCAUAAGAAGAGACAGUCGCUAAUAGGAACAAUCCAGUACAGCUUGUGUACUAUCAACAUUUUUACUGAUAAGCAGCAAUUACAUGUAAGACAUGUAAGUCAAGUUUUGUUUUGUUUUUUUGAAAAAAAUCUUUUCAUCCACCACAGAAAUGUGAUUUCUUCCAGUUAUCAUUUGACAAGUGCUUAGAAAGCAGAAAAUGAGUGAAGUAACCCAGACUGACACUAAGGAGAAGAAUGACUGGAAAUGCUAGUAGUUCUGGGAGUUGCCCUAUAGAUUCGCAAGUAUCCAAGGAAAUCCUGCAAGUAUCCAAGGAAAUCCAGCAGGAGUUAUUUUUAGCACAUUCUGUGGCUUUUCUUGAUUCUUUAUCAGCUAACUCACACUUGAUGCUCUUGUGGAUGGAAGACCAGAGCAGUGCAUGUGUUUCUAGCUUGAAGUGAAGCAUUUCUGCAUGCGUAGUUCCAUGCAGCAGUUCCAUAAAAUGGGAAGUACAAUAUUGGUGUAAUAGCCAACAUAUCAUCUAUUACAGAAUAUUGUUAUACUCACAGGCCGUGGCCUUCCACAGCUUUUUAACAUGUCAUCGUAUGGGCUGUUGGUUCUGUUACCUGCUGUUCAGUGUUGUAUCUCCUCUUAUCUUUAGGGAUGCCUGAAAGUCAAAGGAAGAACGGCGAAAGCCACAGCAGCAGCAGUAGUUCCAGCACUGGCAGUUCUGUUGCUUGCUUUGGUCAGUAUCAAUAUACAGCAAAUGAAUAUCAAGCUAUCCAGCACGCUCUGCGUCAGAAACUGGGUCCAGAGUAUAUCAGCAGUCGGCAAGCUGGAGGAGGGCAGAAGGUCUGUUACAUUGAGGGUCACAAGGUAAUCAGUCUGGCCAAUGAAAUGUUUGGCUUCAAUGGCUGGGCGCAUUCAGUCACUCAGCAGAAUGUUGAUUUUGUUGACCUCAACAAUGGCAGGUUCUAUGUGGGGGUCUGUGCGUUUGUGAAAGUUCAGCUUAAGGAUGGGUCAUACCAUGAAGAUGUGGGGUACGGAGUGAGCGAAGGCCUAAAAUCUAAGGCCUUGUCCUUAGAAAAGGCAAGAAAGGAGGCAGUAACAGAUGGACUGAAGAGGGCACUCAAGUGCUUUGGGAAUGCUCUUGGGAACUGCAUCCUAGACAAAGACUACCUACGAGCUGUGAAUAAGCUUCCGCAUCAGAUGCCCUCUGAUUUGGAUUUGGCCAAAGCUAAAAGACAAGACUUUGAGCCAGAAAUAGAGAAAGCAAGAUACAAUAGCUGUUUGGAAAGACACGGCACAGGAUGGAGACAACACGGUGACACAGUAUCUACUUGUAAACCUGGUCAGAUGGAGGCUUCCACAGAUGCAGAUCAAAAACAGCCAAAUAGUUCAAGGGGCAGAAAUAUAGACUCGUCAGCUAUUGAAUGUGAUGCCACUUACCAGCGGAAAUUGCGACAAAAGCAGCUACAGCAACAGUUCCGGGAAAAAAUGGAGAAAAAGCAUCAGGUUCCAGUAGUUACUUCAGGCAGCAAACAGGCAACAUCCGAUCCUCCUGUAAAGCACAGCACUCCAACAACAGCACAACAGGAAUUAGCAAUAGAAGAGGAAUUCUUUGCAGAUGACCCUGAACUUUGGGAUAUUUCCUUGGAGACCACUGAUCUUAAGAUAGCAGGCCACAAAAUGGCAUGCCCAUCCGCUGGACACCAGACACCUGAAACACCGCUUGGACAUCAUCAACUGACUGCUCGUAACAGGACACCUCAAAGAACAAAUUAUCACAAGUCUUCUGCAAGGCUUGCCCAAUUGCAGCCUUCUACUAAUCUCAUGAGCAAUAGCCAUUGUGCCAACUGGCCCGUAUCAGCAGAGUGCAGUCCACAUAGAAGCCAAAGCUUGAAGAAAAGGAGGCUAGAACCUACAUAAGACAACUGGUGGUAUCAUUACCAUCACUGAAUUACAUCAGAGGACUGCCGUUGGCUGUUCAAAUUAUGUCAAGAAAUAAAGCAUUAAUGGAUUUUUUUUCCUGUAUAUUAUGAUGAUGCAACACAGAAGAGAGAACUUAAUACAGCCUACCAUGAAGACCUUAAUGUACUUUGGCGGGGGGGGGUCCUUUAAAACGUUUCAAAUGCCUUUUUCUAUAAAGAAGCAAUCAUUAGUGCUUCUAUAGCAUUAAAUUUGUGGCUGUAUUACAAGUUGAAAUUACAAUUAAUUCGCCUGAAAUGAUAGCAGAAUUAAUCCUUGGUAUGAGUUGCAAGUCAUUGCUUCUUUCUUCCUCAGUGUUGCAUUUCAACUGGAAAAUGGUUUCCUCCAUGCUAAAUGAGAAAGUGGAUUAAGGUCAUCUGAUGGAAAGUGUACAAGCUGGGGUCUUGCAUUCAGCCAGGCUGAGUGCUUAAAAUUGCUGGUGUCAGCAUCCGCCUCCAACCGCUGCACCGGUGGCGUUAGAACUGCUCACAUGGACAUAACUGUCCUCCCCAAGGUGUUCCUCAUUCAGCUGCGCUGCUGCAGCAGGACAGCACAGGGGCAGGAGCACACUGGGACUGCGGCUGAGUAGUUGCAUGUGGUAUCUCAGUCUCAGACAGUAUUUGCUUGGGCUGCUUAUAAAAUGGAUGGGAGUUGCAGUUUUGUUCCUUGAAGUUUUUAGAUAAGCUUUCAGUCCUUUUUUAAUGUCAAAAUAAACAUGAAACUUGGAAAACAAACCCCAGUUGAAGCUGUUCGUGACUCAGUGCUGUUCAACCCAUUAAAACUCAUUUCCUGUUUAACAGGCUGAAAGAAAUUAACAUUCUUGAGUAGGUGCAAGUAGGAAACUAAAGGCUAUCACAGCCUUUGCUUUAGUAUGAGAAGCAAGUAGGAAAAAGGUGCAAGUGUUUUUUUUAAAACAUUAGAGCAAAGCAAGUGAUGUUCCUUUUAAUAAGAUAGUGGAAGAAAAGGUUAAAAGAAGACUGUAAGUACUAUUUGAGAACUACUGCUCUAGCCAGGAUAGUAUAGCCACACUGCUCUUGUUUGCCCACAGGAAGGGAAGUGUCCUACUGGACAGCUCUUGCCCUCUCCCUCCCUAUAGUGAAGAGAUGCAGCAGCUACAGCUGCUGCUUGGCCAGGCAGGAACCUGGCUGCACUGCAGGAGGGUUCAGGCUGGCACCUGCUCUGGCAGCUCUCACCCUGGUGGCAUUUAGAGGUCCCCAGUUCUCAAGGAGGGGGCUUGUAUUGCAGAACAACCUGCAGUACCAGAGACAAGGAUGUAAGACAGAGUGCCACAGCCAGUUAGAGUUGAGCCAGGAGAAUGCUUUACACUCUGAUUAUUCCAACCUUGAAAUCAAUGUCAGACUUGAAACAGGACCUUGUUCCUUUGCUUUGUCAUCACUGGUCUAUCUGGUCAAGUUUCUUCAAGCAAUCUAAAUGUAAAUACAUUUGAGGUAUUAAGAAUUUACUCCUGUUCCUCCCCUGCUUUCCCAAAGACCUUACCUUUUCCCUUCACCACUUAAUCGGUCCUCCUUUCUCAAAGAGUCUCUACUAUCCAUCUACCUCCCAAACAGGACAGAGAACGAGGACUGUUUUUAUUAUGUUAAGGCAGGACAAGUUAUAAUUAUCUGUAAUAGAUCACAUGGUCAGAAGCCACCUAGAAAAUAGUUUCACAUUUCACCAAACUAGUUGCUCUCUCAGAGGUGAGUUCAGAACAGCUUUGGGAAGAACCACGUACCACAUCUUCAAGUCACAUACUGACAAAUGAAAUAAGUUACCUGUUAGGAAGGGAAUGUGCAGACAACACGAACACAAAGCAUUGCCAGACUUUCGCAAGAAAAAUGCAAGAGCCCUCAUACGUUCAAAACAACAGCUCUCUUGACUCUACAAAAAACCAGAGCAAAUGUGGAUGUGCCGCCUUUAAAAGAAUUCACUGAAAUACAUAUCACAGGAUAUGUCCUUUUUUUA